GCUCAAAGCCCGCUCAAAGCCCUAACCCUAGGCGAUGGAGAGUAACAGCAAAAUGGCGCUGGCGGGGAUGGAGGAGAGCUUGCACAGCGCGCUCGCCACACUUCAUCAGCUCCACUGCUCCGUCUCCUCUUUCACGCUUCCAUCGCAGCUGCUCGUCCUGGAGCGCCUGAAUGAGCUUGUCAAGGAUCUCAACUUGAUGCAAUCCUCCUCCAACCAGUGCAACCUUGAGAUCCCCGUGGAGGUGAUAAGAUUCAUUGACGAAGGCAAGAAUCCCGACGAAUUCACCAAGGAUCUUCUUAACCAUUGCAUUCAGCGAAACCAGGCAACCAAAGGCAAAGUCGACGCCUUCAAGGCACUUCGAAAGCACAUACUGGAGGAGGUGGAGGAGGCCUUCCCCGAGGAGACUGAAACAUACCGAAUGUUACGUACAGCAUCGGCUCUGGAAUCUCGAAGAAGUGCUGCGCAGCCAAUCCCCGGACUGUCCAACGGAGAUGCAAGAGUCAAGCCCGAGCACACUGGCUGAAAGGCGGAGCUUAUCAUACACAAUAACACAAAUUUACACAAAA